AUGGAGUUCCGGUUGGCAUGGGCGCGGCUGGUGUCGAUCGCGCUGAUUUUCGUGUCAUCAGCCGCUCAACAAGCCCACGUCUUCAACGAGGAAUUGACAGUGCGACGCCUAACGCCUCACCACACGCUCUCGGAGUUCCGCUUCAACCUGACGGUGCCGACGGAGGACCCGAACCACGGUGUCGGCUUCCCGAAUCUGCUGCUGGAGCUCGUGUCGUCAAAUCAGGUCCAGAAAAUCUUUUUCGUGCUCACGGAAAGCCUCUGGCGGCAUGAGAAGUAUGGCCCGCCACCACAGCCCGCUUCUCCGACGGGCGCCGUCGUUUCCGUAACGUUCGAGGGCAAUGCGUCAACGCUGGAAAAGCGCUGGAUCUCGCUGAUCCACUCGAUGAACGGGGCUUUCGGCACGUCGAUCACCCACAUCUUUCCCGACACGGUCAAGGCGGGCUUCGAAUUCUCGGCUGCCGCCCCGCGCGAAUCGUUGUGCGUGGAAAACUACACACCGUGGCUGAAGAUGCUGCCCUGCCAAAGCAACGGGCUCGUCAACCUGAUCAAGCCGCUGUACAACUUGAGCUCGGUCUAUCGCUCGCUCGGCUUCACCUAUGAAAAGCGCUGUGAAAAGGAGAAAUGCUGGCACGAGGCCCGGCUUUUCGCGUUUACCGUCUACGAAAAUGCCGAUGAGCGAGUUUCGGCGGUUGUGGAGGCUAUUGAGGAUUACGUGACGGCUUCUGCAGAUCGGCGCUGUCGAGUUGCGACCGCCAGCAAAGUUCGCGUGCUUUUGGACUCAAAGCUAGGAUCAAAAGGCCAAGAUGGAGCGGUUGAAUUUAAUGGAAAGAAAGUCCAGGAUGGCGUAACUGUAGAGGUGGCCGACCCAAAUAUCGAUAUUUCCAGAAACGAACUGUUCGGGGUCGAGACAACAUUUGGGCACAAGGACAAGUUUGCCGGGCGCUACAUCGGCGUUGUGAAAAACCGGAAGUCGCAGAGCCUGAGGCUGACCUACACCCAAGUACUGCCCUGGUGGUUCAGCAUCUACUACCACACGGCCACGGUCAGUUGCGGACGCCUUUCUGGCCUGGAGCUGAGCAAGGAGAAAACUAUCGACGUCAUCAAGCGCUUCGUGCCCUCUAUUGACCGCAAAAGGCCGGCCGAACUGGUGUUGCAGUUUACGAUAGAUGGAGGCUCGGAAUGCCAAGUCAAUUUCGAGUUCGAGAAAAAACCGUUGAGGUUAGGCGAAUAUCCUCCGGAUGCGAAUCACGGGCUUUACGUUCCCGCGGCAAAGAUUGUUAUUCAGGCCAAGACAAAGACAACAGUAUAUUCGAACAUACUCCUCGCCCCGCUCCUCGUGCCCGACUUCAGCAUGCCCUUCAACGUCAUCUGCUUCGUGGCGACCGCCAUUUCGUUCGCCUUCUCCACCAUUCACCCAUCGACAACCGGCAGCUUGUUGCCGGUCAAUGGGAAGCUUCCCGAGAAGAAGCUAUGGCGAACCGUGCUCCGCCUUUCCCUCCUCGUGCUCCUCGUUGGGGCCGGCUAUAUGGAAUACCACUCAAUUACUCUAAACGCGUUGCGUCGUGAAAUUGUCAAAUUUUUUGAGCGGGUAGCU